AUGUCAUCACACUUGUCUGUUUUCUCUUUGUUGAAGGUCUCCAUGGAUGAUGCUGCUGGCAUUCUUGGUUCGUACCUUGCUACGGAAGGACGUGUAUCUGAUGUGGUCUCUGGUGCAUUCAAGGUUAUUGAACUACAAGGAAAAACAGAUUCCAUCAGCACGGAUUUUAGAAAAGUUCAACAUGCAGUGCUGGCUCUGGAAACUAAGAUUAACAGAAUAGAAGGCAAGCUGGUAUUAUGGAUUCAACUAAUGAUGGAGUGUGGAGGUUGUGUGACUAUGCCAAGAGAUUGGAAAAUAGCAGAACCACAGAACGUAUUCAGGCAUGUAUUGAAUUUUUCCUGUAAACACUACUGGCAGACCAUUUCUUAUGUCUUAUUUCAUAGAAUUUUUCACUGCUUUGUAUGA